AGGAACGACCAAGGAAAUCCCCAAAGCAGGAGUUACGACAUAAUUAGCUGUACGUGUAAAGCAGCCUACUUCCGCCUUGCGAUACUGAAAACAAGCAGCCCUGUUGUUUCACCUGCCUUAAAGAGCUUCUUCUGUCCUCUAAGACUUACGGAAAACGGGUGGUUUAAAGCGACCUCACAGCACUGCUUCAGCAACAAGACAAGCUGUUACAGGACACAAGAGGAGAUAUAUGAAGAGAUCGUGUGAAUUUGACCAGCUAGACGCAGCCACUGACAUGUACGGAAGUGCAGCUUUACCAGAUCUCAUCCCGACCUCCGGCGCACUGAGACCCAGCGCAGUCCUGCCCUACAGCUCUGGACCAGGAGCGGGGGACAGACAGUUUUCUAACAACCGCAGGAUGCACAGAGCCCCCAAACUUGGCCAGAUCGGCCGUUCGAAGAGAGUGGACAUUGAAGAUGGAGACUUGGAGGAUAUCAUGAACAACAACAGGAGCUUCCCUCUCUCUAUCAGUGUCUCACCUGUUGCCUAAAGCAUGCUGGAAUGUGCCAAAGCUGAGUCAUGGCCAACAUCAUUAAUCGUCAAGUUCUGAACCAUUACAAAAUGCACACAAUUGUUAUGAAUUGGAAACAUUUAAACACAAAUGCACACACACUAUCAGCUCGCUCUCUCUCUCUCUCUCUCUCUCUCUCUCUCUCUCUCUCUCUCUCUCUCUCUCUCUCUCUCUCUCUCUUAUCUCAGGACUGCUGACUGUUCAGUGCUCUGCUGUGAUCAUUGCUUGUUCAGCACUUGUAACUUUAAUCUUGUGGCUGUGACACUGACUCUGUUGUUGUUGUUACCUCUAUAUUCACACUGCAUUUUGAUACAGAGAUUUAAAAAAAAAGAUUUCUAAAAGCACAGGGCUAUAUUCAUUUAAAAAAAAAAAGCACUUUACUGAGUGGACAACGACUAAAGGAAGGUUUGCUCCACUCUCACAAACGUGUUCUGUGAAAGUCUGUUAAUCUGUAACACACCAUUAGCUUAGGAUUCACAGUUACUUUGAAAACUAAAGUCUUUUGGCAUGUUUCUGCUCCCUGGAUAUUUAGCACUUGAUAUUUAGCUCAAGUGUAUUUGCAGGGAGUGCUUUUUCACCUUUGAUCUGAAUGAAUUUCUGUCUAAAAUGGUCUAAUAUUAUGGUUGUGCUAAUAUGUGGUUUGUGCAUUAUAAUUGACUUGCAUGAAAUUGCUGGUUAAUUUUUGUUUUGUAUUUGCAAAUUGCAUUUUUGAAAAAUAAAGUAUGCAUGAUUAGCA